UUAGGCGGUGGUUCUAGGAAGCAGAGGAAAUUACACAUUGUAUGUCAGAUGUAUGCAUAUAAAUAUUUACCCUUUUUUCUUCACUCCGCCAAACACACCAUCAGAUCUUCUUGUGCACCCAAAAUACACAACUACUCCAAAAUGUCUAGCACGGCUGGUCAGGUCAUUCGUUGCAAGGCUGCUGUGGCAUGGGAAGCAGAGAAACCGUUGGUGAUAGAUGAUGUUGAAGUUGCACCACCACAGAAAAUGGAAGUUCGUGUUAAGAUUCAUUUCACCUCCCUCUGCCAUACUGAUGUUUACUUCUGGGAGGCUAAGGGGCAAAAUCCUCUGUUCCCUCGCAUAUUAGGUCAUGAAGCUGGAGGAAUUGUAGAGAGUGUAGGUGAAGGUGUAAAGGAAUUAAAACCCGGGGACAAAGUUCUCACGAUAUUCACCGGGGAAUGUGGGGAGUGCCGCCACUGUAAAUCAGCUGAGAGCAAUAUGUGUGAUCUUCUAAGGAUCAACACGGAAAGGGGUGCGAUGAUAAGUGAUGGCAAGCCAAGAUUCUCAAAAGAUGGCAAGCCAAUAUAUCACUUUCUUGGAACUUCCACCUUCAGCCAGUACACUGUUCUUCAUGCUGGUUGUGUGGCGAAGAUCAAUCCUGAAGCUCCACUUGACAAAGUGUGUGUUCUAAGCUGUGGUAUAUCCACAGGAAUGGGAGCGACACUGAAUGUUGCAAAACCAACAAAGGGUUCUACUGUUGCUGUAUUUGGAUUAGGGACUGUGGGCCUUGCUGCUGCUGAAGGUGCUCGGAUUGCUGGUGCAUCCAGGAUUAUUGGUAUUGAUAUGAACCCAAAUAGAUUCAAGGAGGCAACCAAAUUUGGUGUUACUGAGUUUGUGAACCCGAAAGAUCACAAUAAGCCGGUCCAAGAGGUAUUAGCUGAGAUGACGGAUGGGGGAGUAGACCGGUGCAUUGAGUGUACAGGAAAUGUUGGAGCGAUGAUCUCUGCCUUUGAAUGCGUGCACGAUGGUUGGGGUGUUGCUGUUCUUGUUGGCGUCCCAAACAAAGAUGAUUCAUUCAAGACCAACCCCAUCAACUUAUUAAACGAGAGGACUCUCAAGGGAACUUUCUUCGGCAACUACAAGCCCCGCACUGACAUCCCGGGCGUCGUGGAGAAAUACAUGAACAAGGAGAUGGAAGUGGAGAAAUUCAUCACACAUAAGGUGAACUUGUCGGAUAUCAACAAAGCAUUCGACUACAUGAUCAGGGGGGAAAGUCUGCGCUGCAUCAUCGACAUGGGUGCUUAGGCGAAGCCUAUAUUUUGGAAGCAUAAAUAUUCUGCAAUCAGUGAAACAUGCGCGAAUUUGAUAAAAAUUAUCAAAUAAGUGUUGUAUAUAAAUAAAAGAUUUGUCAAGGGGUUGCCACUUAAUACUGAGUAUUGGUGUUUUGACAUUGUAUUGCAGAGUUUGGUUGUUUUGUUUACCUCAUUUUUGCAUGCAUCUUCUUUCUUUUCAUUU